GCAGCCCAUUCCUCAUCAGAAUGUACUUCCUAAUGUUUAAACAAAUUCCCACCUGCUGUCAUUUCAAGCCGCCAGUCACUCAUGGUCUUUUUCUCAGCUCCAGAACCUCUGAAGAGCUUUAACAUUGAUACCAGCUGGAGGUGGGUUUCACCACAAGUCUCCCCUUCCUUUGGACAUCAGGUUUUCCAACACUCAGAUGGGCGACGGAACUGGAUUAUAGCUGCUUCCUUGGGGCCAGGCGACUUGGGCAAGGUAUAUAAAUGCAACCCGCAGGAUAACCAUUGCGAAGCAGUAAGCUUAGGCGAAAACAUUUGGAAACUGAAAAAGCUCCGGUCUGGUAUUGCUGUAGCCCAAAGCCCAGAACAUAUCCUGGCUUGUCUCCAGCACAGACGACGUCAGCGGCGUCGAGUCACGGAGGAGCUGAACGGGCUUUGUGUGCUGCUUGCAGCUAACUUCCAGGAGAAGGCUUUUAUCAACCUCACAGACAUCAUCGAAACCAAGUUAUUAAGCCAGAGGAGUGAAGAGCGGGGGAAAAGGGACACCCACAGUCACGAAAUCGGCGGCGUUGACACCAACAAGUUUGGUUUGGCUGCUAGUACUGUAUGCAAAGAAAAAUAUUCUACAAAUGGGAGCUCUGAGUUUGGCUGCAAAAUUCUUGAAUCUAACAACAACAACAACAACAACAACAACGGAAACAAGUACUACCUGGAGGAGGAGGAGGAGGAUGAAUCCUACCUGCGGACUGAAAUUGCCUUGGUCCUGGAUGGCUCCGGGAGCAUCGACCCGCCGGACUUCGAGCGAGCCAGGAAUUUCACCUACAACUUGGUGAAGACGUCCUACGAGAAGUGUUUGGAGUGUGUCUUCGCCUUGGUUCAGUAUGGAGACAUCAUCCAGACAGAAUUCGACCUGCAAGAGGAGAGGGGCAGCGCCACCCUGGAAAAAAUUAAGGCCAUGACUCAAGUGCGCAACACGACCUGGACUGCAUCUGCCAUCCAGCAUGUCCUAGAUUCCAUCUUCAACCCAAACUAUGGGUCACAGCUGAAUGCCUUGAAGAUCAUAGUUGUGUUGACAGAUGGGGAGAUUUUUUUGGACCCCUUGGACAUAGAAACGGUGAUCAGUUCGACCAGGGAGGCAGGCAUCACACGUUACGCCAUUGGGGUCGGGGAGGCCUUCGAGAAGCCAAAAGCACUGCAGGAGCUGCAGCUGAUUGCCUCCGACCCGGAUGAAAGUCACCUCUUUCGCGUGACAAACUAUUCUGCCCUGGCCGUCCUCCUGUCCAUGCUGCAGGAAAAGAUCAUCGGCAUUGAAGGAACGGAAGGUGCCAUCUUGGAAUUCGACCUGGCCCAAAGUGGCUUCAGCGUCCACCUCCUGCAUGAGCGCUAUAUACUUUUUGGUGCUGUGGGAGCGUUUGACUGGGCUGGAGGGGUUCUUCUCUACGACAUGACAGACAACACCAUGGUUUUCUUGAACGAGUCAAUGGGCACUCCAGGUGCAAAAAAUGGCUAUUUAGGCUACAGCGUGGGCGCGAUCGACACGGCACACGGCACUUUGGUCGUGGCAGGGGCCCCUCGACAUAGCAUCAAGGGGAAAGUGAUGGUGUUUGAAGGAGACCGUUUAAAGCAGAUCCUCCACGGGGAACAGAUUGGGUCCUAUUUUGGCUCCGAGCUCUGCCUGUUGGACAUCGACCUGGAUGGGGUUACAGAUCACCUGCUGGUUGGAGCUCCAUUUUUCCAUAUGCAAGGGGAGGAAGGAAAGGUUUACCUUUAUCGCUUGGAUAGCCAGGCCAACAACUUUACUCUACAGAGACACUUACACGGCCAGCUGGGGUCCCUUUUCUCCCGGUUUGGAUUUGCCAUGGCUAGCAUUGGUGACGUGGACCAGGACGGUUUGGGAGAUGUUGCCAUUGGCGCACCCCUCGAGGACCAUGGGUCGAGCCCUGGCUCUUUUGGCAGUGUUUACAUCUUUAAUGGCGGCAAGGAGGGGUUGCGGGAUCCCUUCUCCCAGAGGAUAACAGCUGCUCAAACCGGUCCGCCUGGACUCAUGUAUUUUGGAAGGUCCAUGGCUGGUGGAUUGGACUUCACUGAGGACGGUCUCCCCGAUAUUAUUGUUGGAUCAUUAGGUUCUGUUACUUUGCUCCGCUCCAGGCCAAUUCUUCGACUCAAACCCACCAUGCACUUUACCCCGGGGAGAAUAGUCCAUUUCGACGGCGUCGUUACGGCCAGAUUGUGCUUCAAUAGGGUUUCCCCUCCUGGGACCACGAAGACAGGGCUGCCCCACCUCCUUCUUCGCUACACUGUGGAUUUAGAUGUUGAGAUGGAAAAGAAGAGGGUGCAGUUUGAGGACCAAACAUUCUCCAGCAGCAGUGAGAUCUCCUACACUGGGGAUUCUUGUCCCGAACUGCAGCUCCACAUGCUGCCCUGCACUGAUGACUGCUACUCCAACAUUACUCUCUGCCUCACUUACGAGCUUCAUGACCCUGACGGAAAAGUCCUGGACCACCCCAAGCCUAUGCUUGAUAUGUAUCAGAAACCUGAAGUGGAUUUCCAGCUGCCAGUCGUGGAAGACUGUGGUGACAAGUCCGUCUGCACACCUCGCUUGAGCUUAGCUGUUGAAAUGGAGAAGGAAGUGGUGGUUGGCUCCACCAAGGAACUGGCAAUGAAAAUCUAUCUGUCCAACAGCGGCGACAACUCCCACAUGACGUCUCUGGUUGUGCAGUACCCUUCAAACCUCCAUUAUAAAAAUGUCCAAGAGAUUUCCUCUUCCGUCAUCCACUGUGAUGCACCUCAGCCAGUCUCAGUUUUAUUCUCAUCUCUGCGCUGCAAGGUUGGACAUCCGAUCUUCAAGAAAUCUACCGCAAAUUUUUCAGUGACCUGGCAACUAGAUGGGAAAAAAUUCCCCACAGAAUCUGCUAACUUCAUGCUUAACGUUACCAAUGCCAACAAAAACAGCACAGCCCUGAGAGAAGACCGUUCCCUGGGUGUGAAAUAUGCCAUGAACGCUAUCCUUACCAGGCAGCUUCCAAAUGUGUAUGCGAGCCUGGAUGAAAGAUCCUCUCACAGCACCCAAUUCACCUUUAAUAUCACAGGGAACCAAUUUGGGGCACAGCUUGAGUUGCGGAUCUGGGUCCCUCUCAACAUAGACAACCGCCAGAUUGCAAGCAUAAAGAACGUGGCAGGGGUGCAGAAUACCACUGUGUGCACAACAGACCUUGGACGCACAGACACGAAGGACAGUGAGGAAGUUGGAUACCAGCUCGUGAGUUGUACCAUCACAUCGGAGAAGGAGGACGUGGUUGUGACGGCAGAGCUACCUUUAGCCAAUUCCUUACAGGUCUUAGAAAACAGGACUGACUUGCUGGUUCGAGGGGAAAUCGUUUUCGACAGGAACCUUUACGUGGGCCUGAAUGCGGAAAAUUACAAAACAGAGAUCAAGGUGAUCUUGCUGAAGGAGAAAGUGUUUGAUUUCCUUCCCUUCCUCAUCGGCAGCUCUGUGGGCGGCUUGGCGCUGCUGCUGCUAAUUACCGCCGUUCUUUAUAAGUGUGGUUUUUUCAAAAGAAAGUACAAAAAUAGGAUUGCAGAGCAGUGCGAUUCCUGAGAACGAAGUGGAGAGAGAUUCUGGAAUGGGACGAUGGGUAACCUUCCUCAGACGUGCGAGGCACAGUCAGAUUGGACCUCAUCUUCUUUUUAUUAAUGUAUUGCUUGCUGUAGGCUGAAAAUAAACCUUUUGCCCUAGUCUUGGGUUCCUGAAAACCA